AAUCCUCACAUUCAGGAUAUUCUCUGCAAAGAAGUUAAUUCUGUAAUGGAUUCCAACGGAGAGAUAAUAUAUGAAGAGUUGGCAAAACUUCCGUAUUUGGAUUCAGUCAUCUCAGAGACACUUAGACUUCACUCUCCGGCCCAACGUAUAUCACGAUUGGCCACAACUGACUAUCCUUUGGGCGAAACCGGCAUCACAUUGAAAGCCGGACAACAAAUUGAUUUUCCCAUAUAUGCGAUCCACACAUCGGAAGAAUAUUACCCCAAGCCAUUUCAAUUCAACCCUGAUAGAUUUAUGCCAGAGAAUAGGCAUAAUAUAAUUCCGUACACUUAUUUACCCUUCGGCGCCGGUCCUCGCAAUUGCAUUGGUAUGAGGUUUGCAUUACUCGAAGCAAAGUUAGCGUUGGCUCAUAUCGUCACGAAAUACAAGUUUCUUCAGACGCCUAAUACAGACGUUCCGAUUAAGUAUAAGAGAUCGUUAGGUCUGACGGCUCCUCAAAGGCUUAUUGUGGGCAUUGAGAAGAGAUUGUAUUUAACUCGAGACUACAACUAUUGGUCAAAGCGCGGUAUCAAUGGCCCAAAACCACUGCCAAUAUUCGGUAGUCUUUUGGAUUUCUUUAUUAUUCCUCAACCCUUACAGGAAAUCAAUUGGUUUAAGAAAUACGGAAAAAUCUAUGGCUAUUACUUCCUGAAAAACCCGGUGCUUACGAUAGCUGAUCCCGAGUUAAUCAAAACCAUUUUGGUUAAAGACUUUCACGUAUUCACUGACAGAAGGUUUCAACAGCUGAAGAGCCGACACCCGGUUAUGAGUAAGAAUAUGGUGGACGCGACCGGCGAUGACUGGAAACGGAUCCGAUCCAUAGCCAGUCCCACCUUUACUUCGGGCAAAAUGAAGUCAAUGUAUCCCAGAAUUAGAGAGUGUUUAUCAGACUUUAUGAACCAUUUGGAGACAUUUGCCGACAAUAAGACUGAGCUGAACGCGAAGGACAUGUACGGCAACUAUACGAUGGAUGUGAUCGCCACGUGUGCCUUCGCCACCAAAACCGAUGUCCACAAAAAUCUUGACAGUCUUUUUGUACUCAAUGCGAGACGAGUGUUCAAUUUUAACUUGUUCAAAUUGCUGUCAAUGAUUAUAUUACCAGCUUUUGUGGUGAAAAAGCUGAAUCUGAGCGGUGCCGGCACUAACACUGGCACUGAAUUCUUCCUAAACUCCACAAAACAAAUCAUUUCGACCCGAAAACAGACAAAGAAAAAGUACAACGAUUUCAUACAAUUACUUAUGGAUGUGGAGAAGGGCUCGGAUGACGAGCGCAGGGAUGAGACGGAUGUCCACGAAUCGCAUCACGUGAACGAAGGAAAGGAUGAGUUGGAGAGCGAGAAGAAGGCAUUCAAUAUUCAGCUGACAGACAAACAUUUGACGGAAAACGAAAUCCUGGCGCAGGCGUUGAUCUUCUUUCUGGCCGGUUAUGAGACAACGGCCACAACACUCACGUUCUGUACGUAUGAAUUGGCACUCAAUCCACACAUUCAGCAAAGACUUUACAAAGAGAUCGUGGCUUCGGUCGACUCCGACGGAGAGAUCAGUUACGAAGAGUUGGCAAAACUCCCGUUUUUGGAUUCAGUUCUUUCCGAAACAUUAAGACUUCACUCUCCGGCACAACGAUUGGCACGACUGGCCUCUACUGACUACAAGUUGGGCGACACCGGUAUUACCCUAUAUAAGGGACAGAUGAUUGAGAUUCCUAUAUAUGGUAUUCAUCACUCGGAGGAAUAUUACCCGAAUCCAUUUCAAUUCAACCCUGAUAGAUUUAUGCCAGAGAAUAGGCAUAAUAUAAUUCCGUACACAUACUUACCCUUCGGUGCCGGUCCUCGCAAUUGCAUUGGUAUGAGGUUUGCAUUACUCGAAGCGAAGUUAGCUUUGGUUCAUAUCAUAAAGAAGUUUCGGGAACGCUCUUAUAUAGAGUUAGAUUGGAUUCGCAAAUACGGCAAAAUCUAUGGAGUGUUUGAGGGAAAUACGCCAAUCCUGUCGGUGGCCGACCCGGAGCUCAUCAGAAAGAUUUUGGUGAAAGACUUUCACGUAUUUAACAGUAAGAAGACUAACACACUAUUGGAGUCUCGGGCGCACCCAAUACUCGUCAAUAAUCUGAUCGCCACUAAUGGCGACCAAUGGAAACGCUUGCGAUCCGUAAUGACUCCCGCCUUCUCGUCGGCGAAGAUGAGGAAAAUGUAUUCAAUGAUCAAAACGUGUUUAAAUGAGUUAUUGGAUUCUCUGGACGUAUACGCCAUCGACAACAAUGAGGUCGAUAUGAAGACAAUGUACGGCAAUCUGACAAUGGAUGUGAUCUCUUCGUGUGCUUUUGGCACUCAAACCAAUUCACACACCGAUCCUAACAGUGUGUUUGUGACUAAUGCUAACAAAUCCCUUAAUCCGAAGCCCUAUCGACUUCUGCUGUCAAUUAUGUUACCAAAAGUUGUGAUGAAAUUAUUUAAUAUGAAACACGCCAUCGAAGAGUCGGCCAAUGAAUUCUUCUUCACAAUUGUCCGACAGAUAAUGAAUGGCCGGAAAAAUAGUAAAAACAAAUUCAACGAUUUCUUAGAUUUAUUGAUAAACUUAGAGAAGAACGACAAUAAUGAAGAUCACAAUGAAUCGCAUAUGAAUGCAGGAGAAGAAGAAAAGACAAUACCAAAGAAGACGUUGUCUGAUGUGAACCACUAUAUAACUGAAGACGAAAUACUGGCGAACGCGUGGAUCUUCUUUCAGGCCGGAUAUGAAACGACGGCAACGACUCUAACGUUCGCAACGUAUGAAUUGGCACUCAAUCAACACAUCCAACAGAAACUAUACGAAGAGAUCCAGACAUCGGUCGACAGUAAAGGGGAUAUUGAUUACGAUUUAUUGACAAAACUUCCGUAUUUGGAUGCAGUCAUCUCAGAGACACUUAGACUUCACGCCCCGUCUGUCAGAGUGGCCAGAACUGCAUCGGAGGACUACCGGUUGGGCGACACCGGUAUCAUCAUUAAAAAGGGACAGUCAGUAGAGGUGCCCAUUUACGCUAUGGCUCACCUUGAUGAAUUCUUCCCAAACCCCGAGUCUUUCAUUCCCGACCGCUUUUUGCCAGAAAACAAGCACAAUAUAGUGCCCUAUACUUACCUGCCCUUUGGUGGCGGUCCCCGAAACUGUGUGGGAAUGAGGUUCGGUCUAAUGGAAGCCAAGUUGGCGUUGGCUCACGUGGUGUUGAGGUACCGGUUUAUCGAGAGUAUCCGCACCGAUAGACCCAUACAAUUGUUACGCAAUCUCUUCCUUCACACUCCCAAACGUGUGGUCGUAGGCAUACAAAAGAGAUAAUUAUUUAGUUUUGAUCAUUUAUUUUCACAUUAUAUACACGAUGUAAAUGUUUUACUUUUUAUCAGUCAGUUAUCAAGUCAAAUUACACAGCACAAAUUAAUACAGUUGUAAAAUUACAAUUAAGUUUUAG